UAUUAUGCGUUACUGCAGCAGUACGCUCAGUAAACAUGUAAUGCAACUUAAAUACAGUGGUGGUCUUGGUAUCUAGCAUUCCGCCCGUAUCUCUAUAAUUUGUAGAUCGCUGGCGACGAGCAAAUGAUAUGGCAAUAGCAUUGAAUAGCUGUGAAUACUUGUCUUAUGCACUGCUGGGUAUACGAAGCCCGCGCGAGUUUCGCUGCGCUGCGCUGUCGGAGCUGCCGCUGCUGCACGCUUCGCUGGCGCCGCUCACCGCCCGCACUCUUGCUUCACCCCCCGGUCCCUUGCGAAAAAAUCAUAAUGCAAUCGCCAGGACGGCCGGUGUGGAACGCUCGGCAACCAGUCGCAACACGCAACCAGUCUACAUUCAAAUGCGUUGAAACUCACACGCCAUCCAUCACGAUGGAUUUGUAGUGUCGGGAAAUAGAUUUCUCUAGCAGCCGGUGGUGCGGAAACUAUCAGUGUUGCGGGUGACCAUAGUGACAUUUGAAUCAAAGUUGCCAUUGAAUGUUGUUAUUCAGUGAUGUGAACUUGUACUUUUGACUGUCCUUAUUUUGUUAAAUUCACUGUUCCACUUGUAUGCACAAGUUGUAACUGUGCUGAUCAUUAUUCGAUAAUCGUCCUCGGCACAUUUACAUUAACAGCAUAACCUUUAUCGUGCCCUACAACUACCGUUUCCAUUGUAGAUCUCGCUUUGCCAGCCUACUUCAUAAAUUACACCCAAACUUACCAUUAUUGCCUGUGACACACAUAAUAAUAAUAUCUGCUUCGUAGGCAUUCAAAACAAAUAAUUUUAGAUGGACCAUUAGAGACCUUAUUUCGUCAAAACAAUUGUCCAUCAAACAAAUUAAUUCUCUACGCGUCUUAGUUGCGUCCGGUGACGGUUGCUUUCGAGGCGUUCAUGUUUUCAAACUGUCUUUCAAUCGCGAACAGUGGCCUGGAUCACUCGCUACCAACUGGUAGCAGAUAGGAAAUGUGUGCGUUAUCAAAUAUUUAAAAUCAUAAAGUGACACGAUUGGCUAAUUAUAAUUAUCGUCGUUUUAAGAGAUAAGACAGGUGGAGAGACUCAUGAAAUGUCGUUUGAUGUCAGUGCUUUACCAAUAUCAAUGGAAUGAGGUGAUAUACCUAUGGAUUGUGCAGUGUUUGUGCGUGCCUAUAACGUGAUUAGUGUAUUGUAAUAUGUGGGGGGCCGCGGUAUCAAAUCCACCGCAUUAUCACUACGUGCAAGGACCUCCAGGUCCUAUUGCACAAGUUGGACCGAAUGGCCCCAUAUUGUCCGGGCCUACAACUCGGCACUUAAGACCGCAGUCUUCUUAUUCGUUACCACACGGGAGUAAUGGUCCCGGGCGCUGGGGCUGGUCGGGCAGCAAUGUUUCCUCUUUUGACCGGCGUCAGAUGAAAGUGCCGCCACAGCCAGCGCGCCCGGCACCCGUCCGGCCUUCUCAAAGCCGAUAUACUGGAAAUAAUAAGGUCGACCCCGAGCUGAUCUUCACGAAACAGGAGAAGAUCGGCAAGGGCUCCUUCGGUGAAGUGUUCAAAGGUGUCGAUAACAGGACCCAACAAGUGGUCGCUAUUAAAAUAAUCGACUUGGAAGAAGCUGAAGAUGAAAUCGAAGACAUCCAACAGGAGAUCAUGGUGCUGUCACAAUGUGACAGCCCCUACGUCACCAAAUAUUAUGGAUCAUACUUAAAGGGAACAAAAUUAUGGAUUAUAAUGGAAUACCUCGGCGGGGGGUCAGCGCUGGACCUGAUGAAGGCCGGCAGCUUCGAGGAGAUGCACAUAGCGGUGAUCCUCCGCGAGGUGUUGCGCGGCCUCGACUACCUCCACUCCGAGAGGAAGCUGCACAGGGACAUCAAGGCCGCCAACGUGCUGCUCAGCGAGAUGGGCGACGUCAAACUGGCUGACUUUGGUGUCGCGGGACAGUUAACUAAUACAACAAGCAAACGGAACACAUUUGUCGGCACGCCGUUCUGGAUGGCGCCUGAAGUCAUCAAGCAGUCGUGCUACGACAGCAAGGCGGACAUCUGGUCGCUCGGCAUCACCGCCAUCGAGCUGGCCAAGGGCGAGCCCCCCAACUCCGAGCUGCACCCUAUGCGGGUGCUCUUCCUCAUCCCCAAGAACAACCCCCCGCAGCUGACAGGCAGCUACUCGAAACCCUUCAAAGAGUUCGUCGAGGCGUGCCUCAAUAAGGACCCAGAAAAUAGGCCAACAGCAAAGGAGUUACUAAAGUUUCAGUUUAUACGGAAAGCUAAGAAGAAUUCGUAUCUAAUGGAUCUUAUAGAUAGGUAUAAGAAGUGGAAGGCGCAGCGGAGCGAAGAGAGUGAAACCGAGUCGGAGAAUUCAGAUUCAGAGGAGUGUCGGAGCGGCGACAGCGAGGCGGACGAGCCGUGGAUCAUGACGGUGCGCGGCGGGGCGCUGCAGCCGCCCGCCGACAACAAGCGCAGCGCCAGGAACAACCAUCACGACGAUAACGUGGUCCCGCGUGAACGCUCUCGCGACCGCGAGCGCGAGCGUGAGCGAGACCGCGAGUCGGUGGUGGUGGGCGUGGGCAAGCACAACGGCGCGCGCUCGGCGUCCCCGCCCCCCGCCGCCGCGCCGCCGCCCGCUACGCACGCCAACAACAACAACGCCGCAGACAAGCUGCCCACCCGGCAGACGUCGAACGUGGCGGUAGUGUCGGAGCCGCGCGUUGCCAAGGAGCGAGAGAGGGACGAGCGCAAGCCCGAGCACUCGCCCGCCAGCAGGGACAGUCCCGGAUAUAACAAAAACGCUUCGCCUUUGGACCACAGAGGAACGAACAGUGAGGAGAACAAAGUCAGGAGGCACCCAUACCUACAGCAACUUAUAUACCCACUACUCAAUGAGCUGUCGCGCGCGCACGGGGCCGGCAGCGCGCCCGCCAUCGAGGAGCUGCGCCGCGCCUUCGAGCACGCGGAGAGGGCCGCGCCGCAUCUCACCCGCGCCUUCGUGCAGCAGGUGGUCCAGAGGGUGGCGACCCAGUCCCACCAGCCGCCCACACCGUCGCACACGCCGCCCUCACAGCAGUGGAUGAGGUAGGCAGGGGACCUAUAGUAACCGUAGCGCGAUGCGGCCGCGAGCGGAACAGACGCCGCCCCUGCGGAAUGAGACUGCACACAUCUAACAUACAGCCGGGCUGGGCUUGUACCUCCGGCGCCGGGAGACAGCAGCCGCGCGGGAAUGUACCGCCAACUACACACGGACAGACCCACGCCUGCCGUACAAACUCAGCCCACAAAACACCUUUUCACACCAAUUGCCAUUUUAUGAGAAGUUAUAGUGACACCAAAACCACGUCUCUUUAAAUUAAAACACGUGUAUUUAUAGAAACGAUUCUAUUCUAUAUUGUGUAUGUUUAGUCAUGUUAAAUUCUCAUUUCUUUCGCGCGUUACCUGUUUUAGCGAAAAUGUUUCGACGGACCACAGUUCUGAUUAUAAAGCUUGGUUCUAUAUGAUUCUCUUCAUGUUCCCAUCACGCUUUAAGCGCUAUUGUUUUAUGUACGAUCCAAGCAAUAAAAUACUUUUGUAUUGUGUUUUAUUGUAAAAUCAGAUAAAUGUCACACUGAUUAUAAAUGCUUUCAAAUAUUUUGAACAGAAAUCUGUCGAAAAUUUUCUUAUCAACAUCAUAUUAUUGACAAGGCACGUUAUCUACUUGCCUAUUUUUGUUCCGCUAACAAAUAAAUUAUGUUAUUGUAACGAGGGUCGACGUAGCCGCAACCGAGUCACAAAGUUGCAAUGCCAUAGUGUAAUAAAUAAAAAAAUAUAACGUAAUAAAUACUUAAGAUGGUUAUAUCUUAUAAUAUUUUAUGUUACGUGCAUUAUUUGUGUAAAUAUCAAUUUAGUUGUCGCGAUGACUGUGUUGUGCUAACUCUGUUCACAUACGUCAGUGGCCGCACGGUCGCCUGACCGCAUGUUUAAGUUUUCACUGUGAGUUGUUUUAGUAUAAUUUCUCGCGGCUGUUUGUUGAGUGCUUGGGUUUGUUUUACGACGGUAUUGGAUCUUUUUAACUUAAAUAUUCGUGGAGAGCUCAUUUGCUACACUUCGCCAAUAUUUUGCCAUAAUUAUUUUUUUUCUAAAAUUAUUUUUUACUAACACGAUCGUUUUGUAUAGAGAAGUCUGAUUAGUAUUGUGAUCAGUCGUCUAAAUUCUAACAUAUUUAUAUGCUUUAGAAAUCGAUGUUUGAAACUUUAUCAUAGAAAGUGUUAAGUGUCAUUCCAAACAAAAGACAAUAUUGUCAGCAUUUAUAGAUUAUUUGUUUGAAAUAAUUUGAGUUGAUUUUUUUGUGAAGUCGCUACAUCUGUGAACUGUGUCCGUUUAUGAAAAUUGUUAUAAAUUUCCGUAGUUUAGUUAUUUGAAGUUUAGUUUUAGUUGUGUAUUCGGCUACUUAUUACCGUUUGAAUUUAAAUUAGUGACUAAUACAAGUUCUAAAAGAAUAAUUAAUAGUCCGAUCACUGUUUCAUAGUUUCGUUCGUAUUUAGGUGAGGAUAAACUUAGGAGGAUUCGAAGAAGGAUUUAAAGUAUUUUGUUAAUAUAAAUGAUGCUGACACCAAUGACCAUGCGGUGUCGAUAUAAAUAAAAAAAAACAUGCUUAAUAUGCGACAAUAUUUAGCAAUUGGGAGUAUAUAGAGUAUAUUAUAAUGAAAACUACAAACAUUAUUAUUGCUGUGUAAAAAUGUAAACCUAAUAUAAAUGUAAAUUAUGUAGUAUAAUAUAAAGCUGUUUUAUGAAGUGUUCUUAUAAGCAUAUGGAGAGUAGUUAUUAUCUUUCCAAGUUAGCUAUGAGCGCAGUGGAGAGGGCGGCCCGCCCUGUUCAUAAGUGUAGAGUAGCGCCGCGGGCCGAGUAUUGUAAGUGGCGGCGGGCGGCGCUCUCCCGCUGUGACGGAUUUUGCCUUGAAUUUUUGUUUUGCCAUGUGAAAAUAUCAUGGGAAAUGUUACUUUGAUUUCGAUGGAGGAUCAAAAAUUAUUUUUCCACUUGAUCGUAUAAAUAAAGCGUGUAGUGUUAGAGGUGGGCGAUAAUUGUUGAUUAUUGAUUAAAAUUAGGUGUUUGUGGCAUUGGAUAGUAGUUGACGCGUUGGCAUUGUUGUGAGCCGAGCUCGCGCGGCGGAAGCCCCCGCCGCCGGCCGCAGCCGCGCGGGCCCCGCUCCGUAGUGGAGUGUAGUUAUUGUUAUCUUCGGAUGUUGCAGAAAUGUUUCGGGAUCGCGUCGUUUGGUUCAUGGGUAUUUGUGAUCAUAUUUGCAUAGUUAUUAAAGAAGUAAAAAAAAUCUAUAUUAUUAUAUUAUAAAAGUCUGUAUUGAAACCGACAGUAGUUGUCUGUGUAGUAGUGUUAGUGCGGCCGGCCCGCGAGGAUGUGGCUCGUCCUGCUCCACAGUAAGACGUAUUGGUGCCGCUGCGGCGCGAUAUAAAUACUCGGUCAUAUUUGUUGCUAAUUACAGAUAUAUAAGAGAUGCGAAGUCCGCAGCUGUAGGCCUGCACAUGUGUUCCGGGCGCGGGUCGCGCGCACUAACACGUCAUAAUGGAAUAAAUUCACGGCCCUCCACUCGUGCACCAAGUUAACAGCUAACGGCGCGUACCAUUAGUGUAAUGGUCAAUUAAUGUUACAGCGUCAUCAUUCUAACACGUUUAUGUAGGAAACAAAUUUGACUCUGAAAUAAAAGAAGUUAUUUAAUUUUGGAAA